GUGGAAAAAUGGGAAGAGGGAGGGACGGCGACAUCAAAGCAAUCAUUUAAAAAAUACUUUUAAUUCUCUCUUUUCUUUUUUCUUCGUUCAGAAAUUAAUUUGAAAAUAACUUUCAUCGUCUUCUCUUCAUCAUCAGAUGGAUCGAUACACAUCCUGAAGAAAUUCAAUAUUCUCUUUUUUUCCGAUUAGCCGAGACUCUCUUUCAAUAUUUCGAUCUCCCAUGUCGCCGGUAGAGACCUGACCUCUUCUUCUUCACGAUUUUUUCGUUUUUUUUUUUGCUUUAUAAAAUUAUAAUCGAAGAGAGGAAGAAUAUAAAAAAAAAAGAAUGAGUAACUUGGGGGACUUGAAUCAUCCAGUCUUCUCAGCAUCGGGUCGAACCAGCAAUAACCCUGACCCGCGUCUCUCAAAGCCGAGAUUCUCUAAGGUCAGAAAACAAGUCAAGCCUGUGAAGAAACCUUCGCUAGCAUCAUCAUCAGAUUCCUCGCCUGGCCAGGGAUUCAACCCCUUUCUUUACCGCGGAUCUCCCAAUGAGACCGGAUUUGCAUUUGGAUCGAGCUCCUCUGGUGACCAAGUUUUGGAGGAUUUGGGGAAGUUGAAGAUCGAGGUUGUUGAAGAUGUGCAUUUUGCUUCGAGACUCCCUGGUGAUAUGCGGAAUCUCAAUAUCAAUGCGAGUAGAAGAAACGUGGAUGAUGAUUAUGAUGAUGAACUUCAAUCUCUCUUGAAGAAUAAACUCAAUCUUGAUGCCAGCAAAGAUAAUACAGGAGGACAUGUGAUCCAUGAAGGUUUGGAGAAGUUGAAUAUCUCAGAGAAGAUGAUGAAUCAUAAUGUCAAAUCCACCAAAGAGUCCCUGGAUUAUGUUGGGGAGAAGAUACUCUCCGAUGAUUUGUCUCGAAAGCUAAACGUUGGAGGAGGUUUGCCUACUCAUGCGGGGAUCAACUUAGGGCAUCAUAACCUCUCAGCAGAAUCACUUCAGGGAAGUGGAAAUGAAAGCGAGAAGGAAGUUAGCAGUUCAUGUCCCAUGAAUUUUAGUUUUGUAGGUGCUGCUGAGCCGCCUAGAAACGCUCAUCACGAUGCGACGACCUCUGCAGUUAAUACUCCCGAGUUCAGUUUUUCGAGUAAUGGAAAGAGUGGUGGGACGAGUUUUAUGGAGUUCAAGACUCCUAAUUUGAAGCCAAAUCCUUUCUCUAGCUUGGACCAGAGAUUGGGGUUCAAUGCAAAGAAGGACAAUGUUAGUUCCACUAGAGGGAGAAGGAAAGGGAGUAAGCAGCCUGUGAAAGUGCAGCUUAAUAUUGGACAUGAGUUUGCUUUUUCAGAAAGUGCGUUUCCGCAGGGAACCACCAGUGAGGCUUCUGAUUCUUAUUCACCCAUGGAUGUAUCUCCGUAUGAUGAGGAGACUGCAGAUUCUAGAGACUUCUCUGCUGGAUCAGAUCAGUUUGCGAAUCCUGACAACAAUGCUUUAAAUGAUGCGUUUGAUGCAGAGCUAGCUGCUGCAACCGAACGUAUGGACAUAAACGAGGAGGAUGAAGUUAAUAACUAUCGAGCUGAGGAACUUAUUAAUACUGGCAAAUGUGCUGAGCAUGAGGACCUUGCUGAAGAUUCUGUAUCUGGGGCUGAAACGGAAAGUUUUAAAACAGCAGCGGAAGAGAUGGAAACUAGUAGUGAUACUUUCGCCUCAGCUUCAGAAAGUGAGGUUACUUCAAGCUUUCGGCCUGAUAGGCAAGAUAAUGACUACCAUUCCCUAUUUAAUUCAAAUGCUGAUAGCUCCAGCUUUACCUUUUCGGCUUCACCGUUUUCUGGAGUGCACGGCCAACCAUCAACGUCUAAGCGUAUCAACAGGAAGAAAAAUCCAGUUCAACUUGGGCAGGAUCCAUAUAUCUUGAUUCCAAAUGCUUCAUCAUUUAAAUCUUCACAACAUUCGCCAGUAACUGGUGUUCAGCCAAGGGAUACGUUUACUCGUCUACAAAAUCCUGUGAUGGACAAAGCACGAGCCGAAAAAGAUGUGUCUAGUGCAGCGCAGGAAGCAUGUGAAAAGUGGCGAUUAAGAGGAAACAAUGCUUACAAAAAUGGGGAUCUUUCCAGAGCUGAGGAAUCUUACACUCAAGGGAUAGAUUCAGUGCCUAAAAUCGAGACGUCUAGAAACUGUCUCAGGGCACUGAUGCUUUGCUACAGCAACCGUGCUGCAACACGUAUGGCCCUUGGAAGAAUGAGAGAAGCAAUAGCAGACUGUACUAUGGCUUCUUCAAUAGACUCCAACUUCCUUAAAAUUCAAGUCCGAGCUGGAAAUUGUUAUCUUUCACUUGGGGAGAUUGAAGACGCAUCCAGGUACUUUAAAAAAUGCUUGCAAUCUGGAAGUGACAUCUGUGUGGACCGAAAAAUCAUUGUAGAGGCUUCUGAAGGUCUACAAAAGGCACAGAGAGUUUCGGAAUGCAUGCAUGAAGCUGGCUAUCGUUUGCAGCUCAGAACAUCAACUGAUGCUGAGAAAGCUUUGGAAAUAUUGGAAGAAUCACUGCUGAUAAGUCCAUACUCUGAAAACUUACUCACCAUGAAGGGAGACGCGCUUUUGAUGCUUGAGAAGUAUGAAGCAUCAAUAAAGCUCUGUGAGCAGACAUUUGAUAUGGCUGGAAAGAAUUCUCUUCCAGUAGAUGCUAAUAAAUACCCAGAUUCGGAUGAGACUCCCAAGGAUAUAAACUUCGGAAUCUGGCGGUGUCGUCUCAUGCUUAAAUCAUAUUUCUAUAUGGGAAAGCUUGAGGAGGCGAUUAAUUCUCUAGAGAAGCAAGAACAAUUACUGUCUGCUACAAAAAGAGAUGGAAACAAACCUCUUGAAUCCUUCAUCCCGUUGGCUCCUACCAUACGUGAGCUGUUGCGCCUUAAGUCGGCAGGGAAUGAAGCAUUUAAGUCCGGCCGACACACUGAAGCUGUUGAACAUUACACAGCAGCCUUGUCGUGCAACGUGGAAUCACGUUCUUUCACUGCUGUGUGUUUCUGUAAUCGUUCUGCGGCAUAUAAGGCUCUUGGUCAACUCUCUGACGCUAUUGCAGACUGCAGUCUUGCCAUUGCUCUCGACCAAAAUUACUCAAAGGCUAUUUCUAGACGAGCCACGUUGUUCGAGAUGCUGAAAGAUUAUGGACAGGCUGCGAGUGACAUGCAUAGAUAUGUUAAUAUUCUAACCAAGCAAAUGGAAGAGAAGACCUCUGGGAUUCACGAAAGAUUCACUAAUUUGGCCAAUGACAUUAGACAAGCUCGUAUGCGACUUUCUGAACUGGAAGAGAAAUCAAGGAAAGAAACUUCUUUGGAUAUGUACCUCGUCUUGGGUGUAGUGCCAUCAUGCUCUGCUUCAGAUAUCAGAAAGGCAUAUAGGAAGGCCGCACUUAAGCAUCAUCCCGACAAGGCUGGUCAGUCAUUGACAAGAAACGAGAGUAAAGAUGAGAGGUUAUGGAAGGAGAUAGGAGAAGAAGUGCGCAGAGAUACUGAUAAAUUAUUUAAAAUGAUUGGGGAAGCAUAUGCUGUGCUUUCAGAUCCUGCAAAGCGUUCUCAGUAUGAUCUUGAAGAAGAGAUGCAUAAUUCACAAAGAAGACGUGAUGGAGCCAGCACAUCUGGAGCAGAGCCAGAUGUUAAUUAUCCUUUCAGUAACAGUAGAAGAAACUGGAGAGAAGGAUGGAGUUCACGUAGGGAACCAUCAGCUCCGAGGUGGUUUGAACAAAACCGAUCAAAUAGAUACCCGUUGUAACUGCAGAAGCAUCUCCAAGAUAUCUCUUGAUCAAAAAUUCAUCACCAACAAAAGUUUUUUGUGGCCUCCUAUGCAAAAUUACUCAGGCUGAUAACGGUGUGGAUAAAAUAUCAGCAGAUGCUCAUAUUCAUGGAACACACGAUAAACAUGGAAAGGCUUGAGAGAUGCAGAGAAUUUUACUCAGGGAGUGAAGAAAAGGAAAAGGUAGAGAGACUUCUCCAUUGUCCAAUACGUUGAAGCAACGUUGUACAGAUUACGGAAAACGUAAAUUGAGUGAUUGAAAGAGCAGAUUUCAUGUUAUAGCUUUCUUUUAUUCUUCCUUGGUGGUGUUCAAAAUGAUGUGACACAGUGUCGUGAGAAGGACAACUUGGUAUCUCUCGUUUGCAGGUCUUGUUGUUUAAUCCUUUUGAUUGUAGAUUCUUUUAAUUCAUUGGCUUAUGACAAAAAGAAAAAAAAAACAGAUUUGAUUUUGCAUUAAGUGAUAACAGUUGAGGAUU